GUUUCUACAAACAUUUAUUAGCUCUUCAGCUUUCUCUUGCUCUUCAAUGGCCCACGACGCUUCAUUGUACUAUCUGAUCCUGCUGUUUUUACUGACAUCAAACGCCUGCGGAAAUGACUGCAUCGUUUCAAAUCCAUCUAGCGUGCAAUCCAAAAUUGAAUGUUUCCAUUUUGACAUUUACACGGACUUAAUGAGGGUUACAUGUUCGAAUAAGCCCGACUAUAAGCUGCUUCAACACACUCCAAAACUAGAGCGCUUUGCUUUCAAAGAGCUGGUUUAUCAGAACUGCUCACUCCCGAUCGGCAAUCAGUCACUUGUGGAGCUGCUUUCGGCCUUUCUCGAUCGCACUCAGCUAUCAUAUACCAGUAAAAUGUCCUUGAUAGACAAUACAAAACAUUCCAAGAAUAUCACAUUGGAUCCGCAGCUAUUUGCUGGACUUCAAAAACUACACACUCUUAUCAUACAAAAUCUUGCUGACAUCUCGUUUGACAAUCCUCUGCUGUUCAGACACCUGUCCAAGCUAAAGAAACUCCAUUUUUACGGAAGGAAUCGUGUUUCUGGAAAAUUUGUAUAUCAACUCAGGCAACUCUCACAUCUUUACAUACAGAAUUCUGACAUGGAGAUACUACCAAAAGAGCUAGUUUCCAACCUGCCUAAACUUAAGACUCUGUACCUCGACAAAAAUAAACUCAAGCAUGUUAGUCAGUUUACCACGCUACCGAAUCUUAUGUAUCUAAACAUCAGUUCUAACCAACUAGUGAAACUACAAGAAGACGUGUUCAGCACGCUGCCGAAACUCAAGAUACUUGACCUGUCGUCAAAUAAACUAACGAGACUUCCCACCGAUUUGUUAUCGGAAAACAACCACCUGGAAGUCUUUAAGGCAGAUAAUCAGAAAUGUUCGGAACUUGUACUAGAAACACAAUUGUUCGCUUAUCUACGAUUUCUUAAGGAAGUGUCUUUAUCCAACUGUAAAAUAAUCGCACUACCGGAAGGACUUUUUGAAGAUUGUUUCAAACUAAUCAAAGUUGACCUUAGCCACAACAAAUUACAAAGCAUUCCGGAGGAUCUGUUUCGAGAUUUGGAAAACUUGCAAGAGCUUUAUUUACAAAACAACGUGUUGACGAACCCGCUACCAGACACCUUACUGCGUGAUGCAAUUAAUUUGUGCAUUCUUCACCUUGAAAAAAACAAUAUAAAAUCGUUGAAUAAUCAACUACUGGAAUCCACAGAAAAAUUAAAAGAAUUACAUCUUGACAAUAACCAGAUGUAUAUGAUCGAUCUGGAUGCGUUCAAAUCACAGGCAAAGUCUCUAAUCAGACUCAAUCUCAGCCACAAUCGACUGACACUGCACGAGAAUAGCAAAACUGGAUUCUACAGCAAUCGGAGGAUUAACAGCACAUCAUGGGCGCUUUUCAGCCAUUUAAACAAAAUUCAAUAUCUGGACCUCUCACACAAUUUGAUCGUCAACAUAUCUGAUCAUUUUAAAAAAUAUUGGAGAAAUCUUAAAUUUCUGAAUCUAUCGCACAACUUUAUCACACACGUCAGCUAUACAGAUUUUCCAUUUCUGUCGACCAAGAUUAACCUGGUCAAUUUGGAGUCAAACAAGAUUACACAUCCCGAUUUCGACCCCAGCCGCAUUGAACCACUCCAUCGCUUACCCAACGAAAUACUUCUCGCUGAUAAUCCACUCAACUGUGACUGUAUUUCCUCGUCGCUAGUCACAUAUCUACAGGUGCAUUUGAAUGCCAGUAUAUCAACCCCACUAAAGGGACUUCAAUGCGCUCAGCCACCCGCGCUGUCUGCACGUCUACCGCAAACACUGCGCGCGGAGGAUCUGCUUUGUGAAAUUGAUGCUGCCAUUGAUUUCUGUCCGAUCGAGUGCAAAUGCUACAAACGGCCCGUUGAUCAGGCGGCUAUAAUCAACUGCACCGCUGUUGAUCUUACCCGUGUUCCCGUCAUCAAAAGCCCAUCGAUCAUCAAAUGUAGUUUUAUCGAGCUGCAUCUGGAACAGAAUAAGCUGAAUGCCCUAUCUAACGGAAGUGAAGGAUGGAAUACCGUUCGCCGGCUUUACAUCUCAAACAACAACUUCACCACCCUGCCUGGAGAUAGUUUGCCCGUACAGCUCGAGCUUCUCGAUGUCUCUGGCAAUCAAUUGACCGAGGUCGACGCAGCCUUCAUACUCAAGCUGAAUCAUACCACUCUCCGAAACAUCAGCCUGUCAGCGAAUCCUUGGGAUUGCCACUGUGAAAAUCCACUGCUUGCGUUCGCCGUCGAUAAUGCAGCACGCAUUACGGACUUCUCCACCCUCCAGUGCUCCGACGGUCAACCGAUCAACUCGGCUACACUGAACGAGCUAUGUGCUUGGACGACAACGCUCAGUUUCUAUAUCAGUUCGGCAGUUUCACUGUUACUUAUUGUAUGCUUACUCGCCAUCUGGUUAUACAUGAAAUACAGCCUGGAGAUCAAAGUGUGGCUCUUCAAGCAUAAUUUGCUACAGUGGUUGGUCACGGAGGAGCAAAUCGAUAUGGAUAAGCGAUACGAUGCAUUUAUUUCGUACUCGCACAAGGAUGAGGAGUUCGUCACAGACCAGCUGUUACCGAGGCUUGAGAGCGAAGAGCUCAACUUCAAAAUCUGCUGGCACGUGCGUGACUUUAUGCCGGGCGAGAUGAUUGCCACCCAGAUAACGAAAGCGGUCGAGGAUUCACGACGCACCAUUAUCAUCCUCUCGCUCAACUACCUCGAGUCUGUGUGGGGUCAGAUGGAAUUUAACACUGCGUACUUACAAUCGUUGGAGGACAAGCGCAACCGCAUCAUUCCCAUCAUCUACCAGGAUAUUGGCGAUAUCGAUCAGCUCGACCCAGAGCUCCAAGCGUAUAUCAAGACCAACACUUACGUCCGCUGGGAUGAUCCGUGGUUCUGGGAUAAGCUACACUACGCCAUGCCCCGUAAGCGUCACCCAAAGCACGAGCAGCCAACCUGCAACAUUUCCAUGUCGUCUUUAAACAAGACAAACUAAUUGCUAGCCGCACUACCGAUUAUGUCACACAAGUACAACACCGUAUCACAGUCACAUCUAACCAGGAAAUAUAAUUCAACAGACCGCUAGGAUACUAAAUAAUUCCCAUUGUAAUUUGAGCCACCUGUAAAAGCAAAAAUAGGCACAGUGUUUUGAAAUAAAUAGGAAUAUUGCCACAAGAUGUUCUAAAACCCGGGUCUAAGUAUCGAUCAAAAGUCAAAUGUCAUUUAAAUAGAAAAGAAAUCAACAUUAUUUUGCUUUUAUACUAUCAGAAAUGUUUCAUUAAACUAUUCAGUCGAUCGCAGCGUACGUAAACAAAGUAAAAUUAAAAACGUAUCAUGAUAGAGGUAUAUUUUUCAGUAAAUACAGCUCAACAAUCAUUUAAUCGUAUACUUACAAACCAUCUUGAUGAAUAAAUUAAAUGCAUUCCAUUUGAUUCCCCGCUUUGUUGAUGGUGAAAAAAUAAUGGUCAGCGGGGAAUCACUAGGAAUUGUACUUAAUGCAUAAUUUUAA